AUGGCAGACGUCAAGGCGGAGUAUGUCAAGGCGCUGAACGAACUCUCCGACAGUUCAAAGCCCGUGAUCAACUUCUUGACCAUGUUGGCUCAGGACAACAUCAACCAUGCAGACAUCAUCGUGGCAGCCAUUGUAGAGCGACUCAGGCUCAAUCCGGGCAACAACAUUCACUAUCUGUACUUGGUUGACUCCAUUGUGAAGAAUGUUGGCGGUAAAUACACUCUGAGCUUCGAACAAUGGCUGCCACAGCUCGUGAAAUACGUGAUGGGCCAGGGAAACGAAGGGGUGCGGAAGCGCGUGAUCCGUACACGCGGGACGUGGACCGGCAUCUUCAAACCAGGCGUGCUCAAGAAGAUUGACGAAUACAUCGCUACGUGCCGCCGCCAGCCCGCCCACCCGCAGCACCCGUCACUGCAUAUGGGCGAGGUGCUGGUCGAGGUGCUGGUCGAGGUGCUGGUCGAGGUGUGUACCCACCACACCGCGGCGGGCGCCAUGCUCCCUGGGACUCCCGCUACCCGCAGCACUCACAGCACGUGCAGCCAGCACCGCGACCACCGCGGCCACGAGCACCACCUGCGCCCGUUCGCCCGUCUGCCGCAGCAGCUGCUCCCACUGCACACAGCAUUCCGCAACGCGUAA